CUUGGCUCUGCUUUCUGCGGUAGCUAGCUAACGUUAGCUGUUCAUGAUGAUGGAGGAGGAAGAAUUGGAAUUUGCGGAGGAUUUGGAGGCUAUUUUGCACCUUACUCCAGAGGUGCAGUUGGCCAUCGAGCAGGUAAUCGUGCUAAGAAGGAUAGUUUCUUAUCGACAAGGAAAAUGGUAGUCUGUAUUCAGGCAUGAGCUAGAUAGCUAGUUUACCUAACGUUAGCUUGCUACCUAUGAUAGCUAACGUUAGAUGUGUUGUUAUCCUAGUUAGCUAGCUAGCUACACUAGGCUUGUCAGCUGUUUUAGUGAACUUUGCGUAUAGCUAGAUCAGUUAUUUUCAAUACAUUUCAACAGUCAUCAAAUUGUCUGUGUGAAGUUUUGUAUUUCUAGCUAUUAACCACUGUAUAGGCUAGCUGUUAAGCAAGGAAGAACCAACAACAUGUAUUUAUUGAGUCAUAUUUAUAUGCCUUAGGUUUUCCCCAGUCAAGACCCAUUGGACAGAGCAGAUUUUAAUGCUGUGGAAUACAUCAAUACAUUGUUUCCCACUGAGCAGGUAAGACUGGAGUCCUUCACUUCACAGAAACUAAAGUCCCUUUAUAUUACACCAAGGCUCUCGUCUUGGAUACUUCUGAGUUCCUAAGCUAUAUCAUUUCAUACCUAUGUUGUUUAGGGCUGUCCCCGACUAAAACAAAUAUAGGUCGACCGAGAGUUGCUACUGCCUGUAAACACACAAUCCAGUUCAAAGUAAAUGAUGGCAGGCACUUGUGGCAAAUUGCUUAUUUGCAUAUAGGCCUACUGUAGCUCUGAUUGGCGAUGGCGCACCGGUCUGCAUAGACUCCGGUCCUGGACAAGACAAGACCAAUGUUUUUAUUAGGUUUUAUUUACUGCAGUGUCUAUUAAUUGUCCAAACCCAUGGCCGCUUUAGAAUGCUAUAGAGUUUUCACAAAUGCCUUACUAUACGUAAUUCUUAAACAUUCUAUGAAUUUAUGAAAACGUGAAAAUGACCAUAUCCUAGUUCUCCUGGAACAGCACCAUGUACUCAGAGAGGUGCUGUCUGAUGAACUUCUUGAUGAUCUCCUGUUUGAUGCGGGGGUCCAAGACGUUGGCGUACAAUUAUAAUAUACAUUACAUACAUUAUAUAAUGUAUAGUCACACAUAUACAGUGCAUUCGGAAAGUAUUCAGACCCCUUCACUUUUUUCAACAUUUUGUUACGUUACAGACUUAUUCUAAAAUUGAUUAAAUUGUUUUUCCCCCCCUCUUCAACCCACACACAAUAUCCCAUAAUGACAAAGUGAAAACUGGUUUUUAGAAAUGUUUGCGAAUGUAUACAAAAAUAUAUAUAUAUAUGACAUUUACAUAAAUAUUCAGACCCUUUGCUAUGAGACUCGAAAUUGAGCACAAGUGCAUCCUGUUUCCAUUGAUCAUCCUUGAUGUUUCUACAACUUGAUUUUAGUCCACCUGUUAUAAUUUAAAUUGAUUGGACAUGAUUUGGAAAGGCACACACCUGUCUAUAUAAGGUCCCACAGUUGACGGUGCAUGUCAGAGCACAAACCAAGCCAUGAGGUCUAAGGAAUUGUCCGUAGAGCUCCGAGACAGCAUUAUGUUGAGGCACAGAUCUGGGGAAGGGUACUAAAAAAAUUCUGCAGCAUUGAAGGUCCCCAAGAACACAGUGGCCUCCAUCAUUCUUAAAUGGAAGAAGUUUGGAACCACCAAGACUUUUCCUAGAGCUGGCCGCCCGGCCAAACUGAGCAAUCGGGGGAGAAGAGCCUUGGUCAGGGAGGUCACCAAGAACCCGAUGGUCACUCUGACAGAGCUCCAGAGUUCCUCUGUGGAGAUGGGAGAACCUUCCAGAAGACAACCAUCUCUGCAGCACUCCACCAAUCAGGCCUUUAUGGUAGAGUGGCCAGACGGAAGCCACUCCUCAGUAAAAGGCACAUGGCAGCCCGCUUGGAGUUUGCCAAAAGGCACCUAAAGGACUCUCAAACCAUGAGAAACAAGAUUCUCUGGUCUGAUGAAACCAAAAUUGAACUCUUUGGCCUGAAUGCCAAGCGUCACGUCUGGAGGAAACCUGGCACCAUCCCUACGGUGAAGCAUGGUGGUGGCAACAUCAUGCUGUGGGGAUGUUUUUCAGCGGCAGGGACUGGGAGGCUAGUGAGGAUUGAGGGAAAGAUGAACAGAGACAUCCUUGAUGAAAACCUGCUCCAGAGCGCUCAGGACCUCCGACUGGGGAGAAGGUUCACCUUCCAACAAGACAACAACCCUAAGCACACAGCAGAGACAACGCAGGAGUGGCUUCGGGACAAGUCUCUGAAUGUCCUUGAGUGGCCCAGCCAGAGCCCAGACUUUAACCCGAUUUAACAUCUCUGGAUAGACCUUAAAAUAGCUCUGCCACAACGCUCCAUCCAAUCUGACAGAGCUUUAGAGGAUCUGCAGAGAAGAAUGUGUGCCAGAUACAGGCGUACCAAGCUUGUAGCGUUAUACCCAAGAAGACUUGAGGCUGUAAUCGCUGCCAAAGGAGCUGAAUACUUAUGUAAAUGUAAUAUUUCCGUUUUUUUUAUUAAAUACAUUUGCAAAAUUUUCUAGAAAAUGUUUCUGUUUUUGCUUUGUCAUUAUGGGGUAUUGUUUGUAGAUUGAUGAGAAAAUGUAAUCAAUUUUUGAAUAAGGCUGUAAUGUAACAAAGUGGAUAAAGUCAAGGGGUCUGAAUACUUUCCGAAUGCACUGUAGGCCUACAGCUCAAUGGUGGUUAUACAAGGCUACUAUACAAAGCCUACUAAUGAUAACUACAUUACUUAUUAUUAUAAUAAUGAUCAUAGUAAUAAUUGUAAUAAUAACAGUAAGAAGGCGAUCAAGAAAAAGCAGGGUAUAGGAGCAAGUGCUGCGUGCAUAUUAUUUGUGACAAACAGGUGCUGUUACAUUACAAAAUUAUUUUUCUGCCUGUUUGUAAGUGUAAAUCACACUAAAUAAAUUAAGUAAUACCAGUCUGUUCUAACGAAAAACUAUUGUAAAGCCUUUAUUACAGCAUAGCAAAGAUUAAAAACAGCCAAAUCUGUGAAAUUGCUUUAUCCGACAUUUUGCCGUUGCAUGAGGCUUGGUGCUCAUGGAAUCAGUAGGCUAUUAAACAAACACUCAAACAGGCAACAGAAGCAAUAUGUCUUAUUUCUUUAGAUAUACAGUACCAGCCAAAAGUUUGGAGACACCUACUCAUUCAAGGGUUUUUCUUUAUUUUUACUAUUUUCUACAUUGUAGAAUAAUAGUGAAGACAUCAAAACUAUGAAAUAACACAUAUGGAAUCAUGUAGUAACCAAAAAAGUGUUAAAAAAAUCAAAAUAUAUUUUAUAUUUGAGAUUCUUCAAAGUAGCCACCCUUUGCCUUGAUGACAGCUUUGCACACUCUUGGCAUUCUCUCAACCAGCUUCACCUGGAAUGCUAUUCCAACGGUCUUGAAGGAGUUCCCACAUAUGCAGAGCACUUGUUGGCUGCUUUUCCUUCACUCUGCGGUCCAACUCAUCCCAAACCAUCUCAAUUGGGUUGAGGUCGGGUGAUUGUGGAGGCCAGGUAAUCUGAUGCAGCACUCCAUCACUCUCCUUCUUAGUCAAAUAGCCCUUACACAGCCUGGAGGUAUGUUGGGUCAUUGUCCUGUUGAAAAACAAAUGAUAGUCACACUAAGUGCAAACCAGAUGGGAUGGCGUAUUGCUGCAAAAUGCUGUGGUAGCCAUGCUGGUUAAGUGUGCCUUGAAUUCUAAAUAAAUCACAGACAGUGUCACCAACAAAGCACCAUCACACCACCUCCUCCAUGCUUCACGGUGGGAACCACACAUGCAGAGUUCAUCCGUUCACAUACUCUGCAUCUCACAAAGACACGGCGGUUGGAACCAUAAAUGUCAAAUGUGGACUCAUCAGACCAAAGGACAGAAUUCCACCGGUCUAAUGUCCAUUGCUCGUGUUUCUUGGCCCAAGCAAGUCUCUUUGCAGCAAUUCGACCAUGAAGGCCUGAUUCACACAGUCUCCUCUGAACAGUUGAUGUUGAGAUGUGUCUGUUACUUGAACUCUGUGAAGCAUUUAUUUGGGCUGCAAUUUCUGAGGCUGGUAACUCUAAUAAACGUAUCCUCUGCAGCAGAGGUAACUCUGGGUCUUCUUUCCUGUGGCGGUCCUCGUGAGAGCCAGUUUCAUCAUAGCGCUUGAUGGUUUUUGCGACUGCACUUGAAGAAACUUUCAAAGUUCUUGAAAUGUUCCGUAUUGACUGACCUUCAUGUCUUAAAGUAAUGAUGUCCAAUUUGUAAGUCGCUCUGGAUAAGAGCGUCUGCUAAAUGACGUAAAUGUAAAUGUAAUGAUGGACUGUCGUUUCUCUUUGCUUAUUUGAGUUGUUCUUGCCAUAAUAUGGACUUGGUCUUUUACCAAAUAGGGCUAUCUUCUGUAUACCAACCCUGCCUUGUCACAACACAACUGAUUGGCUCAAACGCAUUAAGAUAAAAUUAACUUUUAAGAAUGCACACCUGUUAACUGAAAUCCAUUCCAGGUGAUUACCUCAUGAAGCUGGUUGAGAGAAUACCAAGUGUGCAAAGCUUUCAAGGCAAAGGGUGGCUACUUUGAAGAAUCUAAAAUCUAAAAUAUAUUUUGAUUUGUUUAACACUGUUUUUGGUUACUACAUGAUUCCAUAUGUGUUUGAUGUCUUUAUUCUACAAUGUAGAAAAUAGUUUUUUUUUUAAAAUGGAAUGAGUAGGUGUGUCCAAACUUUUGACUGGUACUGUAUAUGGAUGAUUUAUAAAACCAGGCACAUUUAACAUUUUGGCUAUUGAUUAUAGACCUAAUGAAGUUGGGUCUAUAAUCUCGCUCCUCAAUUUUCUUAGACAUUUAGGCUAAGCCCUAUUCGAACGGGACUAGUAUUACUAGAGAACGUUGGUUAUGUAAUUAUGUCGGUUAUUCCAGAGGACAAUUCAGACGGGAUUAGUUUUUAUUUUUUACAAACUGCCCCCGUCACUCUUUUUAUUUUUUAUUUUUUAUAAAUUGACAGUUAUGACAGAAGCCUUUAGGUUGUUUUCUAGGCGUGUUUUCUAGAUAUUUCAACAACUCCAGGCGAUAACAGGGCUACACUGAUAACUCGAGCUUGGUUCCGAAGUUUCUAAACCAUACCAAACCAUCUUUGGUAUAGUGUCACCAUAAUAUUUGAAUUGAGGAAGUGUGAUCAUAAUCAUUAAGAUAUUUUAGUGAUCCGCACUAGACGGCCUAAAUGCCCCACAGCCUUCAGAUGUACUUGCACUUUGGAUGCGAAAGUGAUCUUAUCAUUUCCAAACGUUUAGGUCAGUUGUAUGCUGCUUUGCGAUCUUUUAACAGCAAGGGUUACAUUAAAUAGGCACAAUAUGUUUUACUGAUGCAUUUGGCAAUAUUCAGUUAAUAUGUACAAAACAUAUGAACAAAAGCAUUCACUGUGAAAGAUGAUACAUGUAGGUCCUUCAUAUAUAGGCUAUGCGCAGCACUUUGUUCAAUUUAUCGAAUCAGCUAUUGUUUUCUUGCUCAAACCGUGAGCAACACCUGUAAAACUCAGACAUUUCGCACAAAACACAGGAAUGUCGAUUCGCACAGGACUAGUAUUAUCAGAGAACCUUGGGGUUUGCCAAAAUACAGUAGGUUAUUCUGGCUGGAAUUGUUACUCUCCUGCCAUGUACAAAUUACUGACAUGGCAGAUUCGGACUGGACUAAAAUGACAGAUGUGGUGUUUUGUGCUUGUGCACAUAAUUACAUUACCCGAUCACCCCCAGUAAAACUAAUCCCGUUUGAAUAGGGUUCCGCUGCAUUGUUCUCAAUCCCAAUAUAUGCUGGUUGCUAUUAGCACAUAGAAACAUAGGGAAAGGCACCAAUUAUACAGCGCAUUGAAGAUUGUUUCAGAACCGCGGACAGCGACCGUAUCCAACGCGGGAGAUGCACAUUUGUUAUAGAAUAAUAUUCUAUUUAUUACUGUUGCUCAAUUAUUUGUACAUAAUACAACCAUAUACAAUUUAAGUAUCACAUGUCUUAGAAUGAUGGACUGUGCCAUCCCCGUGGCCUUUGCAAUGGAUCAGACCACAGAGACAGGCGGGAAUCAGACCGGUGUCUUGUGCACCAUGAAAAAAAGAAAUACAUAGGGACUGCGCGACUAAAGAACUCUCGGUCGACCAACAGCCUAUCGACCAAACAAUUGACCGGUCAACUAAAUGGGGUCAGCCCUAAUGUUGUUACAUGGUGAGAAAGAGUUAUAGUCUAGCAGCUGGCUGACAUAAAACUCUUCCUGACUGCAGUCUGGAAAGGAACUCCCUAAAAACCGGAAGUGACUUUUCGUUGCAGGUUAGGAGAGCAUUUUCACUAACACUAAACCUUUUCCUAACAUUGACCUAAUUCUCCUAACCUGCUGCAUAAGUUCUCCUAACCUGCUACGAAAAAGUAACUUAUGGUCAUAGUUGUAUCGAAGUGGUGUGUUCAUAGGGAAUCUCGUCUGGAAAAGCUCCUUGAUGUUGUAGGCAUGAUGCGUUGAUUUACUGAUUAAGGGUAUUUGUUUAAGCUGCCCUCUGUUGAACCGGGUCGCUGAGGGAGGCGCGCCUUGCUCGUAUGUUGUCAACAAGGCAGCAUGAUGCGUCGUUAAGAAACAUACAUCUUAUUUCCAUACAAAUAAUGUUCACAUUUUCGACCUAUUUUUCAUUGGUAAGGCAGGUAAAGCAUUUUUAUCAAAAGCAAUGGCUUUUGCAUGUGAAAACACAUAAUUAUUCUCAUUACUCCACGUGCUUAACCUAUGUAAUUUUUUAUUUGAGCCGACUUCGCCGUUGGCUAGAAUGGGGGGCGGCUCACGCCCAGGAGGCAGCCCGGUUCAAGCCGAUUGCAGUCAACACUAACCCGGGUCACCCAUGGCAUGCCCGUGGCAUUAAUCAAAUUCCCUCAUUGGUUCUCUGUGUCUUUCUCACUAAAACACCCAUGGACAGCCACACACAGCCCUGAGCGCCAACCCCUUCCAAUAAAACGGUUGAAUUUUCUAGUCCAAACAAUGAGAGGUUAAUUCAAAUAAAUAAAAAAUGUCACAUAGGUGCAGUGAAAUGUGUUGUUUUCAACCCCCCAGAGAAAAUCCCCCAGGUCUCAACCCCCCAGGGGGGAAAUAAAAGUUUGAGAGAACCAAUCAAAGCUCAAGACAAUUUUUGCGCAAAUAUGGCACCGACAAACGGACUCCUGUGAACAGACCAGUGUCACGCCUCUCCCUCACUGUUUACCACUUGAGUCUCGUCAGCGAGGGAAAAAAAAGUAAGGCCAUACGAAUGUGAAAAUGUGCACGAUCAUAGCAAAAAUAAUGUACUCAAGCUUCCAAUAAAGAGAUGCACAACUUCCUCUCGGAUUAUGGCUGAACAAUCUCUUUUAGCCUCCCCAAGAUGCUAAAAUCUCUUGAUUAGGUCGCUAGGUGUCGAAAUAAAGAUGCUAUAGUAUUUUUUAAAGUGUGUACUUAUUUUUAUUUUUUCACUCGCUCGCCUCACUUUUCAAUAAAAUUUAAUGAAAUGUGUAUGGCCUAGCGAAACAAAGGUCUGAUUGACCAAGUAGAAAGUAAUAAUCAUGUUGACAUGCCCACUAGAUGGUGCCUGAUGCCUGUGUACCUUUGUAACAUUAGAAAAGGGUCCUUCAUCCUCCAAAUCAGUCCAUACAACUUGGUUUUGUGUGGGGAGUAGAUUUUGGUCAAUUCAUAAUCAUGAUACCCCUGUGUUUCCACAGUCACUGGCUAAUAUAGAUGAUGUGGUCAACAAGAUCCGUCUGAAGAUUCGGUGAGUGACCUCACAUUAAUGUUUACAAUUUUUUAUUUGUUUGACAGAAUAUUAUUGAUUGAGUGUGUGUGUGUGUGUGUGUUUCAGUCGUCUGGAUGACAACAUCAGGACGGUGGUGAGAGGCCAGACCAACGUGGGCCAGGAUGGCAGACAGGUGAGUGAGCGGACAGUCUGGGAUUACUCUUCAGUGUGUGGCUACCUGUUGUUCUUGGAUCAUGCCCCUGACUGACUGUGUGCAGGUGUCACACACACACACACACACACACACUUCAUCCCUCCAACAGACUGGUGAACUGAGAUGAUGUUUUGCAAACUUUUCCCCAAGGAUUACUCCUCCUAACCCAGACAAAUAUGUUGGUGCUUCUUUUUCUGUUUCUCUGUCCUCACUAACGCCAUGGAAAAGGACAGGAUGAGUCAGAACCAUCCCGUUCCCUACUGUUAGAACUACUGCUGUCCUACAUGGAAAGGUUCCCCUCCAUUAUUCAGGGAUUACAUUUGGACCUGUGUUUUGGUGUCCCGCCGUUUCUCAUCUGAGAACGUCGGAAAAACCAUUGAUUUAACGCAGACCCUCGCUCUGUCAGGGAACUGUGAUUUUGUGGGAAAUGUGACACCUGAUGGGGGAGCUGUUUCAGUGUGUGUGUGUGUUGUUGCGUGUUUCUGGGAUGGUGGUCCGGUCCUGCUCUGUUACCACUGGAUUAUUGGAAAUGUUCUGGACAGAAUCCACAAACCCAUGGGGUUGGUAGGCACGGCAAGCAUGGCACUGUACUGUUGGGUUUCUGGUCUGUUGGUCUCGUAAUCCUUUCUGCAGAUGGAAAGAUGGAGAGGUGUUCAUUACAGCCAGAGAUGGAGAGAGGGAGCAAGAACAGGAGAGGAGAAAAGGACUUAAAAAGUCGUUGGGUUGGGUGCACUAGUUUGGCAGAGCUUGUCCCAAGGUGCCAAAUCCACCUACUUAAUUGAGCGCUCCUAAUGACAAAGGUUGAGAAAAGUUGAGAAAGGAUGGAGGGAAGAACAAAGAAUGGAGGUGGAGAAGGGCUGGAAAGAUUUCCCUUGUAUUUAGCAGAGGUGGGACAAAGUCAUUGUUAUGCAAGUCACAAGUAAGUCUCAAGUCUUUGCCCUCGAGUCCCGAGUCAAGUCGAGUCAAAGAUGAGGCAAGUCCCAAGUCGAGUCAAAAGUCAAAGCCAUCAAGUCUCAAGUCGAGUCCAAAGUCCUACAUUUUAGUUUCGAGUCAUUUCAAGUCCUCUUAGCAAGUCUUUGCAAGUCAUUACAAGUCCUCGUAGCAAGUCUUCUCGAGUCAUAAGGCGCAAGUCCAAGUCAAGUCACGAGUCAUUGAUGUUAAAGUCCAAGUCGAGUUGCAAGUCUUUGUACAUUUUGUCGAGUCGAGUCUGAAGUCAUCAAAUUCAUGACUCGAGUCUGACUCGAGUCCAAGUCACAUGACUCGAGUCCACACCUCUGGUAUUUAGUCUGUAGGGGCAGCAGACUGGCAGCGAUCAGCAGAGCAGGAUGGAGAUGUCUGCUUUAGAUGCCCAGGCCCAGUCCCCAGGGAAGGGGUAGAUGGAAUCAGAAUGCCAGGGAUAUUUGGAGCAGGUGGGAGAAUUUGGGUGUAUGUGGGUGUGGGUGCAUAUGAGAGUCACGCACACACACACAGGAAAUUCAUUCCAUUCAGUCUUCUCUUGUCUAAGCAGUUCUGACUGGUUUGUUGUCGUUGCCAGCUCUUUUACUAAGCAGCUGUCAAAAGCAGCUACAAGUGUUUUGUCUGGCCAGCCCAUCGUCAUGGUAACAGAAGGCCAAACAUGUCUCACUGGUUCACUGCAGUUUAAACUGCCCAAAUCCCAUUUAAGUCAAAUCUAGUUGCUUGCCUUUACAAUCGCACAGUAAACAAUUUAUAAGUGAUUAAUAAGUCGCUCUCAGACAUACUAUUGUUCUCCUGAUUAUUGAUUAUGAAACUUUGCAGACAAAAUAAAAUGGAAACUAUUUAUUCCCUGAGGAAGUUGAUUCAUUGUUCUCAACAAGUUUAUUGUUGGUGCAUGGAGUCAGUAUGGGACAGUGAGUGGCGGAGGCUCGGUGUUGGGGGGAGGGUGGGGCAUUAUGGGAGUGGGAGAGAGGCUUAUUAAGAAACCAAACAUUUGUUAUCAAUUACGCGUAGCCUAGCCAUUCAUGCCAGAAAAUGUUAACAGCAUUGAGCUUGCAUAGCUCAGUCACCAUAGCCAUUAUUCAGCUAUGCACCGUACUUUUCCCAUGCGCAGCUGGAUGUCCCCUAAUGGUCAGGUCAGCUGUGGGGCUUUAUGGUCGUCAAUGAGGCAGCGGGUGGGGAUCCGGCCGGCCGGCAUGAGGAUGGGUUAUGGUUAUUGUGUGUGUGCUCGUGCCUGCGGAUGUCGUGAGUGUGUGCAUGUCUUACGUGUGUGUGUGUGUUUGUGUGUUUUGCAGAUGUCUUACUGUAGCUCCUGGCAUCUGGAUGUACUUAUUAGGAACACUGAGACGGAAUGAGAACCUCCUUGAGAAGCAAACAUAACAUAAAUAUUUAAUCUAAACUCAGGAAGGGUAGUUUACUGCUUCAAGUUGGGUUCUCUGCUCUUUCAUCUGCUGUGUAUCCCUUCCUGUCUUUUCUUUGUCUCUCACUUUAUUGUCCAUUUACAUGGAAAUUCAUUUUGUGACCUCAGCAUACAAAUACACAAACACAACAACAAUAUAUUAUAUGCAGUACGGAAAACUCUCGGUCACUCUCUUCCGCUGUCAUUCAUCUCUCUCUUUCUUUCCCUCUCUCAUUCUCUGAUGUUCAUUUCUGUUGAUGUGUUGCUGUUGCCUUUUCCCCAAAACAAUAUGAACAUAUCCUUUAACACUGAGAUAAUGUGAUGGUUACCAUGUAAUUUGGACACACGAGUGACCCACCCAACCACAGAAAUAGAAUGACUAGAGUGGACAUGCCCAUACAAAUCAAUGCUCGUUCUAUUUCUAUGGACCAAGCAUCCAGCUCUUUAUACUGGAUUCUCAAUGGCUUUGCCUUCUCCUGUAAUAUACCUGAACAUAUUUCUAUCCCUGUUAUUAUGGAGUACGUUGUGCAGAGAAUAGGCUACUUAUUGUAGCCUCGCCUGUUUGCUUUAUAAACAAAUGUGUGUGUUCUGUCUGAUAAGAGCUUGGUACAUAUGAAGAAUGCCUUGUAUACUGUUUAUUGAAUGUUAAAAAGGUCUUCAUUUACUAUGUACGACCUAGGGUAAACUACAGGGUCUAUGGAUAGGAGGAAUGCGUGACUUGUCAUUGUGGGGGACAUCCACAUCUCUUCAUAUCUGUCAGUGGAAGAAACUCCUCUCUAACCGCCCCCUGCCUUCCCCUCCUCAAAAAAUCUCCAAAUAGAGUCCACUUGUGUGGCAGGCAGUGCUCUAUUUCUGCAGGGUUGAAAUGUGGCCUCUCCCCUGUCUGGGACUGGGUUGGAACAGGGGAUGGAUGGGGGCGUAGUAGAGAUAGCGAUCUCAGCCCGGCAGACGUGUGCUGGGCUGUGGUCUACCCACUCCCUUGCUCAGACACUUGGGCGAUAAGGCUAAACACAGGAAAUGAACGUUAGGAGGAGAGAGGCCAGGAAAGCUGGCUCACUGAGUGGCUUCUCAGUCCAACUCUUUAUCAGGGUCUUCAGACUAUGGGCUCUACUCAGCGUGUGUGUAGGUUGUGUGUGUGUGUUUUUGGUAUUGGUUGUUUGGGCCUCAGGCUGUUAUGGAAUUAGUAUUCUGGUGGGUUCUUAAGGUGGUUAGAUGUCGUUCGUCUCUAGGGGCCUGUUUGAAUCAAAAUAUCAUCCUUCCUCCCUGAGGUAAUCACAGAUCUGAGAGAGUUGGGUUGGUGAAAGCAGUUAUGGUUGAGACCUUGCUUUCACUUAUUCAAUCAGGUAUAGAUCAGUCAAUGGUAAGCUCAAGGAAGUGAGGCGGAAAGGAGACAUUUUGUAAAGUAUUCAAAGUAUGUUGAUGGUCUUGGCCAUGACCAACCAAGGUUCUCAGCUUCCUGACUUUCCUUGCUUUUUCCUGGUACAGAUAGUAACCAUGUAGUUUAUCAGAGCCUGCCCUGCGUGCCUGCUGGUUUACCUGAGGGGUCUACCAGUGUGAAUGUGUCCACACCCAGGGAGUCUGGCUCUGUGACCCUGUCAUCAUGCUAGGCCGCUAAACAGAAUAGAUGCUGCUUCCUGCAGAGACUAAAAGGAAUCCACUGCUGUCAACAACACCGAUUGUGUGUGAGAGUGUAUGAGUAAGAGAGAGAAUGUGUGUGUUUGCCUCGUCCGUCCACUUUUGAAGAGCCUUGUAAAAGUGGUACAUUCCUUAGGCAGCUGGUGCCGGCUGUUAGGAUUCCAUCUUUGUGAGAAGGAGAGGAGAGCCCCACACACACACACACACACACCACGCUGGGCCAGUGUUAGGCUAGCUACCCCCAAUUACCCUGGCGUCAGAUGGCAGUGCCAAAGCCCAGCUCAGACCAUCAAAGCCCAGCUGCGUGGCCUAAAAGGGAAACAUUAGAUAGUAAUUAGUUUACUUCUCAGUGAAAAAAGCACCACUCUGUUGAGAUACUGUACAUAUUUUGACCAGAGUUGCAUUUUAUUUGACACCCCUCUCUGAGCGAUGUGAUAACGCAUGUCAUGAGCAGGUCCUCUAUUCCACUAGCCAGUCAGUCUAUAACAUGGGUUGUUGGGGUUCAAAUACAUGGCUAUGGGGUUGGGAAUGGGUAGUAGGAUAUCUCUCUCUGUGUGCAGCUGCUGGCAGGAGGGAGAGACCGCUCUUCUUACCGACUGGAAUGUGAGAGCAAAGUGUGGGAGAGGUUUCUCAUCCCCACGCCGUUCCUUCUGGUUUCUCAUCCCCACGCCGUUCCUUCUGGUUUCUCAUCCCCACGCCGUUCCUUCUGGUUUCUCAUCCCCACGCCGUUCCUUCUGGUUUCUCAUCCCCACGCCGUUCCUUCUGGUUUCUCAUCCCCACGCCGUUCCUUCUGGUUUCUCAUCCCCACGCCGUUCCUUCUGGUUUCUCAUCCCCACGCCGUUCCUUCUGGUUUCUCAUCCCCACGCCGUUCCUUCUGGUUUCUCAUCCCCACGCCGUUCCUUCUGGUUUCUCAUCCCCACGCAGUUCCUUCUGGUUUCUCAUCCCCACGCUGUUCCUUCUGGUUUCUCAUCCCCACGCCGUUCCUUCUGGUUUCUCAUCCCCACGCCGUUCCUUCUGGUUUCUCAUCCCCACGCCGUUCCUUCUGGUUUCUCAUCCCCACGCCGUUCCUUCUGGUUUCUCAUCCCCACGCCGUUCCUUCUGGUUUCUCAUCCCCACGCCGUUCCUUCUGGUUUCUCAUCCCCACGCCGUUCCUUCUGGUUUCUCAUCACGCCAUUUUGUUUGGUGUUCCAUCCCCCUGCUGGGGCGCCUAUAAAUAUGACCUGACGAGGAAGAGAGGAGAAUAGCAUGACUCCAGAAUGUCCCUGGUGCUUCCUACUAAACAAGAUAUAGUGAUGGGGUUGAUUAGCCUGUAAUCUUGAAACCCAGAGCCAAAUUCUUACAUGAACACUAGCCUCUGGCCUGCUGUAAGGAGAGACUAAAUAGCCUGGUCCCAGAUCUGUUUUGCUGUCUUGCCAACUCCUAUGGCCCAUUGUCACGCCAAACAAACAGAUCCGGGACAAGGCUAAGGGGAUGAUAGAGAAAUGUAAAAUAAUCCCUCUUGGCCUUAGUGCUAGAUGUCAGCUACAUCCCACUCAAUGUCUAAAUAGAUGUCUACCAGAAAGUAAACUUGUUUAGAGAGUGCUGGUACUUAAAUUACCUCUUUCAAACCUGUCUCUCUCUCUCCUUUCUUUCUUUAUCUCUCUCCCUCCCAGGCACUGGAGGAGGCUCAGGUAGCCAUCGGCCAGCUCUUCGGCAAAAUCAAAGAGAUUAAGGACAAGGCUGAGAAAUCUGAGCAAAUGGUGAGUAAACAAACAAAACACAGCCAGACUCCUCCACAGGAGCCAUCUUGUCUACCCUGUCUAAAGCUUGAGGGUGCCCCUGUUUGUGUAGGUGUGUGUGUGUUGCUGUGUGUGUGUAUGACUGAGGGUGCCCCCUGGAGACUCUGACAUUCUGUAGAGACAUACACUGUAGUGUUAUAAUAAGUGGAGGUAAUGCUCCUGCUGUGUGUGGGUUGGUUCUUCCUCUCCUUGUGCGGACCUAAAAUCCCCCAAAUUCCCCAUAAGGAUAGUAAAAGAAGGAAGAUUCUCCCCGUGGGGACAUUUCACACGUCCCCAUGAGGACAAAGGCUAUUUUAAGCUUAGGGGUUAGGUUCAGGGUUAGGGUUACAAUUAGGGUUAAUGAUUAGGCAUUUGGGUUUAAGGUUAGGGUUAUGGUAAGGGUUAGGGAAAAUAUGAUUUUGAAUGGAAAUUAAUUUUAGGUCCCCACAAGGAUAGAAGAACAUAACGUGUGUGUGUGGGGAGGGGGGGGGGGUCACAGGAAGGCCGCUGGGCUGGGUGGGUAAAGAGGAACAAUGGAGAGGAACCCCUCCCGCAAUGGGUAUGUUGUAGGAAUUAUGUCUCAACUCAAACAGAUGUCUUAUUACUCUCUCUCUGCACCUUGUCUCUGUCUAUCUCCUCUCCACUCCUCUACCUCUAUCCCCUCCUCUUCCCCUCUAUCGCUUCCCUAUACACUUUUCUCCACCCACCCCUCCCUCCCUCCCCCCCCCCCUCUCGCUAUCUCUCAGGUCAAGGAGAUAACGCGGGACAUCAAACAGCUGGACCAUGCUAAGCGUCACCUGACCACCUCCAUCACCACCCUCAACCACCUGCACAUGCUGGCCGGGGGCGUGGACUCUCUAGAGUGGGUACUCACAGUGCCACCUAUGGGCGUGGAGGGGAGGGCCAACUGUGGGCCGCGACCCAUAGGUUGAAAAGCACUGAUCUAGAAGUUACACAGGGAUGAAUCCUAAGUUAAAUAUUUGUGGGUGACUCUUGUAAUACAUGCAUUGAUGUCAAUGGAAGAUUUGUGUGAAAAUGUAGCUCUGUAUGUGCAUCUCGAGUUAGGAGUUGGCAAAUAGAAAGGAAUACAAAAGAUCAUUGGAAACCAUUGUGCACUGUUACUGCCUCAAGCCAAGGUGCUGGGUCUCUCUUAGUUUGGCACAUAUAUCAUUGACUAAAUGUUGAAGUGGCUGCUUGUAUGUGUAGGCACUAGCCAGAACUCCAAAUUAGAACUGUCAGUGAUGUGUUCUGUGUGUGUCCCAGGGCCAUGACGAGGAAGAGGCAGUAUGGAGAGGUGGCUAACCUGCUACAGGGGGUGGUCAACGUGCUGGAACACUUCCACAAAUACAUGGGCAUCCCUCAGAUCAGACAGCUCUCAGAGAGGUAACCAUACAUGCACGCACAUGCACUCACACACGCAUGUACGCACACACCCCCGCACAUGCACACACACGCCAUGCUCAACCACGGGCAACACAUUCCCUUUCUUAACUGACCAUAACACCGUACCAGUAAUACUGUACGGAAACACUCAGUAUUUCAAACAAACACAGCUCAAACUUGCAAACCAACCACUGCAUGCAUGCAUCAUACUGUAUUUCCCAGUCAGUCAAUUUUCCUGACAUUAUUGUAUUCCUAACUCCAGUUUUUUUUUCUUGGUGCUCUCCCAAACUGUAGAGGCUGCAGCCAGCCCAGGCCAGGCCUGUAGAGCCCAGAGGUAUUCUGUUGUGCUCAUCAGAAUCAGAUCCUGUUUUAUAUUUACUGAGGAGAGGAGGCUGCGGGCUGCUGAAAUACACAGGAAGGAAAUGCACUGAAUAGAACUCCUUUAUGCAUAAAUUUUUUCCACUGAGGGCUUGGGCUGUGCUUUCCUCUGGCUGGGUGUGUUUGAGAGUGUCUUUGUUUGAGAGAGUGUCUUUGUGUGUGUGUGUGCCAGAGAGGAAAAGUGUGUUUGAGAGCGCGAGAGUGUUUCUUUGUGUGAUCUUGUGUGUGUGAUUGAAAGAUUUGGCCUUUUUCCUCUCUUCUUUCUCCUCCACAGGAACAGUUCUGGGGUGUGUUAAGCACUAGUCCAGACCCCAUACCAGGUCACUACAGAGUAAGGUCUGUGUUCAGCCCUCAACCCAGCUAGUCCCUAUGUCCCUUUGGCCGGGGGAGCUAGCUGUGCUAUCUGCUCUGUUUGCCUUCGAGUGGAUGAUAAAAACAUGAAUUUAGGAGAGUAAGGAAGUGUGUUUGUGUGUGGGAGGGAGGUGUCGUUUAAUGUUUUUUUCUUCCAUACACUUUAUAUUUAUCCGGAGUUGUGUGUCUGUGUGUCCAAUGCUCAUCAAAACCACCCACACACUCUCUGACCACCACUGCUUUGUUAUCUGGAAAGGGGUAAAUACAGAACUGAGUCUUCAGAAGAAAUUGGCAAACAUAUUGAGGGAUGACCAGACAGAGGGACAGCUGUAGCGUGGGUCUGACUGAUUGUCAGGGGCAUUACAUUUACGUUUUAGUCAUUUAGCAGACGCUCUUAUCCAGAGCGACUUACAGUUAGUGAGUGCAUUCAUUAUUAUUUUUUAAUAUAUUUUUUUCAUACUGGCCCCCAGUGGGAAUCGAACCCACAACCCUGGCGUUGCAAACGCCAUGCUCUACCAACUGAGCUACAUCCCUGCCGGCCAUUCCCUCCCCUACCCUGGACGACGCUGGGCCAAUUGUGCGCCGUCGCAUGGGUCUCCCGGUCGCGGCCGGCUACGACAGAGCCUGGAUUCUAACCAGGAUCUCUAGUGGCACAGCUAGCACUGCGAUGCAGUGCCUUAGACCACUGCGCCACCACUGCCCGCCCUGUGGCAUGGCAUCCAUCUUGUUUAUUCUGGAAGGUUCUUCUUGUUGCUCUAGGAUUGGACUCUAAAUGCCACACCAGAUUCACUCUUCAUAUUAGGCCAGUGGUUCUAGUUCUCACCAUGGUUGUGUGUCCUCUCCUGUUAAGCCAGUGGUUCUGGUUCCCACCAUGGAACUAUGUGCUGUACUGUGUGACCCAAUAAACACUUCUGGAAUUUCUCUGACCCAAUGAGUAAACAAAACCACUGGCCCAAGUCAUGCCAGUUUUGCCACGGCCCGAAAGCUGUCAGUCACAACUUACCAGUGGGUCACUCCCAACCUAGCUACCAUCUGGGAAACCGUUUCAUUCUGAAAAUAUCUACAGUUAUGCUACACCAGCUCUAAACCCAGCUCCAGCUUUCAUGAUGGCAAUGUUUUCUCAAUGUUUCUCCACGGUUUGUGUCAUCCACAGGGUGAAAGCGGCCCAAAGCGAGCUGGGGACUCAGAUCCUGGCAGACUUUGAAGAGGCCUUCCCCGCUCAGGGGUCAAAGGUGAAAUAUUUGUGUACUAUGAAUGCCUUGUGUGUUAUAUGUGCUUAAUUAAACAAUUGUAUGUGUGACUAUACAUUAUAUCAUGAAUGUAAUGUAUAUUAUAAUUGUAUGUGUGUUAACCCAAGGUAUUUUGUGUGUGUAUUCUAUAUCCCCAGAGAGCAGGGGGACCCAGUAAUGUUCUGAGGGAUGCCUGUCUGGUGGCCAACGUCUUGGACCCCCGCAUCAAACAGGAGAUCAUCAAGAAGUUCAUCAGACAGCACCUCUCUGAGUACAUGGUGCUGUUCCAGGAGAACCAAGAUGUGAGUUUGUUUAUUGUACUGCUAAGCAUUAAAGUGGAACUGACAGCAUUUUAGCAACAUUAAAUAUGAUUAAAAUCUGUUCAUAUACACCCCCAGGAAUAUGAUAAGAUUCUGAUAAGCGAGCACUUAUCAGAACUGGUCAUUUUCAAGUUUAAAAAAAUUCAUAGAAUGUUUGAGAAUUACGUAUAGUAAGGCAUUUGUCAAAAUUCUAUAGCAAUAUAGAGUGGGAAAGCGGCCUUGCUUUUGGACAAUUAAUAGACACUGCAGUAAAUAACACCUAAAAAAAACAUGGACUUGUGCAGGACUGGAGUCUAUGCAGACCUGUGCCAUAGCCAAUCAGAGCUAUAGUAGGCCUAUAUGCAAAUAAGCUAUUUGCUACACGUGCCUGCCAUCAUUCCCUUCGAACUGGAUUGUGUGUUUACAGGCAGUAGCAACAGCGUAACUUUAGAUCAUUAGAACCCAUUCACCUGAAUGGAUUUCUGCAAAUGUGUAAAUACUAUGGGAGUCCUCUUACAUUUGUGAACUUCAGUCCUAUUCAUCAAACAACCACGAAAAGGUAGGCUCUCUCUACCUUAGUUACCUAUGCACAUCAACAACUAAUGCUAGCCUGAGCGAGAUUAGCUCAAAUCUAACGAGGGAACAUUAGGUAAACCCUCUCAAACUUUUUAGCUUGUUGGCCAUCAAAAUUGCACUGAUAAAUGAUGGUGAAUACAUUUUACAUUUUCGUCAUUUAGCAGACGCUCUUAUCCAGAGCGACUUACAAAUGGAAUGGUACCCUAAUCGUCGUGCUGCAGCUUGCCUGCCAAUGCAUGCUUUUCCCAACUGAUUUUUUGACAACUGAAUGGGAACUUGCCUGCCCGCCCAUUUGAUCAAUGCCAAAUACAUUUGAUUGACAACUAAGAUAUGCUAACUGUGGAUAACAGUGGUUCAAGUUCAGCAUAGCUAGCUAGCAAAGCGAUUCACAUUUCUUGCUAGCUAACCAAAUGACACCUGUAUCUAUAGCUGUAGCCAACGAAAAACGAAAUGAGGGGAAAAAGUCGAUCACUGACUCACUCAUCCAAUGACAUGACAUCCUCCCUGCAGCUAGCUAGCUAACGUUAGGCUUUGUGUUUUUAGCUUGCUAAAUAAAUAGCUAGCUCCAUAAAUCGAUACGCUAGACAGUGGCGUCAAACUCAAUCAGUGCACAGGCCAUAUUUUAAAAAACAAAUAAUUCACGGGCCAGACAUAGCCAAUUUGUUUUUACAAAAAAACGUGCAACUGCAACCCAAAUAGGCAAUUCUUUUAUUUGAAAAAAAUACGGCCCUUUAUAAUGUCCAAUUAUGUACAUAGGAUGCUGUAUAUAGCGUUAACAUAAAAUUAAAACAAAAAGAUACAAUAAAAAAAAAAUGGUCCAGCCUUUGCUGCUAUGCUUGCAGAUGUGCAUAAUAUGCUGCGACCCUAAUCAAAAAGUAUUUAACUCCAAUAAUAACGUAGCUAUAGGUUGUAACAUUUAAACUUAAAAACGUGUUUACAUUUUGUUUUGUACCGCAUGGAUCACCGGUGCGGUUGAAUGCAGCAUUGCUGUAUGGUGCACUCAAAAUGUAUUGUAGUUGAGUAGCCAGCCUAGGCUACUGCUCAAAUGUUGCUAUAAUAGGCCUGCAUGUUUCUCCUUUGCGGGGUGUUUUGUUGCAUGUUUAGUUUUGGUUAUUCAUUGUGAAGCUUUAAAAACCGAAGCCAGACUGCAACAUUUUAGUUGCCUUGCUAGGACUGUGGCAUGUGUUUGUACACUUACCCUCCGCUGAGUGCUGUAAACGCGACACACGAAAGCAGCGCAAUUGACGUUGAAUUCACUGAUGCCAGCGCAUCAGGCUUUAAUCUCAUGAAGUAGAUGACUCAACUGUUGACUCAUUUAUACUCGCUUGUGUGUUUUAUUCGGCCCGCGGGCCUUGUUUGACACGUGCGCUAGCCUAUUAGCCACUUUAUGACUGACAUGUUAUCAUUGCCCUUGCUAGUUUGAUUUUAUUGACAUUCCUAGCCUUAGUUACAGUCUUCCGUUUUUGUUCUAAAUAUUGAGUCAUUGAAACUAAAACUGUGCGUCCCGAAUGGGUGCGAUGAAAUGUAUUGGUGAAUUAUAUUAAUCAUGCAUUGAACUGCAUGUAAGUUCCAGACAGACUGAUAAGCACUAAAUGCUCCAGUGAUCCAAUACUAGGGUCCGACGCGAGACAGACAAGCCCCAGAACAGUGCCUUGUUUCUGGGGAGACCCCACAUCUGAGGAGGGGUGGAAGGAGGGAGGGAGAGGAAAGAUUCUGCCAACAAUGCCUUACUCUACGUCACGGAAUUUUGAGUAAAAUAUAACCUCUUUUUAAAACCUCUUAUAAAGUUGGUUUUGAAGCAUAAACUGGGAAUUUGAUAUUUUUUUUUACUGAUAUUAUGAUUUCACAUCUGCAAAGUAGUUAAAACGCUGUCAGUUCCACUUUAAACUAAGGCGGCCAUUUUGGGUCCAUUUACACGAGGGAUUUUGGGUAGGUACAAAUGGGGAUAAGCGACCAUAAAAAAAUACUGUAGUUUAUGGUCCAAACAUUUAUUUUAUAUCCCAGUAUUUCUUCCUUUGUAGAUCAUGUGAAUCAUAGUUGAGAUGUACAUUGACUGAUCUUUAAUAAUGCUAGUGUUGUGACAGUGAGUCUGUGGACCUUCCACCUGAAAGUGUGUUUGUCCACUGACCUGACUCAGGUAGCUUGGCUGGAUAAGAUUGACCGGCGCUAUGCCUGGAUUAAGCGUCAGCUGGUGGACUAUGAGGAGAAGUACGGACGCAUGUUCCCUGAAGAGUGGUGUAUGACCGAACGCAUCACUGUGGAGUUCUGCCACAUCACCAGGUACCCACACACACACACGUUGCUGUAGAAUUCUGCCACAUCACCACACACACCCUGUGCUGGAAACUGUUGAGACAGCCAGUGCCUCACUGUCAACACAUUCUAUCAACUGUUGUAAUAGUUGUGCUCCUCUAUCAUCCCAACACUAUUCAGUAGACAGUUGAUUUAGUGUUCGUUAGCAGGUCAGUGCUCAUGUAGGCUAUCACAAUAAUUGAUGCCGCAAUUUGACGUGUUGACGACCCUAUGUGUCUGUGUCUGUCUGUUUUUCUGUGUCGUGUGUGUCAUCCAGGACGGAGCUGGCCAAAGUGAUGCGGACGCGGGCCAAAGAGAUUGAGGUCAAGCUGCUUCUGUUUGCCAUUCAGAGGACCACCAACUUCGAGGGGCUGCUCGCCAAGCGCUUCUCUGGGUGCACCCUCACCGACGGGCCCGGGGUUAGAUACACAUAUAUAAUAAACACACACACACACACACACACCAUCAUUGGGCCAUUGUUGCUGACUGUAGUGUUGUUUUCAGGUGAAGAAGCCUGAGACACCACUGGAGUCCACCAACCCUUUCUUGGAGGACGAGGUUGGAGAGGAUGGGUCAGAGAUGGACGAGGGUCUGGAUAGGGUAAGACAUGUUUGAGAUGACCCUUUGACCCUGUCUGAACUUCGACCUUGAUAGGCAUAGGCUGACCUUCUGAGGUCAUUUCCUGUGUCAUGGUGACUCAUGAUGGGAAUAUCUCUAGGAGGAUCUCGAUAGGAGCUUUUAAGGGCUCACUUUGGAGAAAAAAAAUACUCAUCCCCAAAGAGAAAAAUCAUGAGUAGUAAUUACAUCCUACAUUGUUGACCAUUUUCUGCUCCCCAGCUCAAGAAGCCCAAGGCUCCUGACAACCCAUUCCAUGGCAUCAUUUCCAAGUGCUUCGAGCCUCACCUCUAUGUCUACAUCGAGUCUCAGGACAAGUGAGUGAUGUGAUGUAGUGUGUGUGUGAGUGGUGUAGUGUGUGUGAGUGGUGUAGUGUGUGUGUAUGUGGUGUGAGCGUGUGCGUGCGUGUGAUUGGAGAUCUGGCACAGAUUUGUGUGCCCAGAACUUUUCCUUUCUCCCUCAUCAGCCCCCCCCCCCCCACCCCCUUACUCUUUCUCUCUUUCGUUCCCUCUCUUGUUUCUGUGUGUUUCUUUCUCUCUCUCUGCUGAGGCAGAAAUGGUUCCUAUUAGCUGCAUGACCACAGACGCUGAGAAAGAGGGAUUGAAAAUGUAUUCUGCAGCAGAUUGUUCUUCUCCUUUUCUUCCUCCCUCUCUUUACUACUCCUCUCUCUCUCUCUUCCACUCUCUAUUUCUCUCUCACUCUCUUUCCUCUCCCUCCCUCCCUCCUUCCCCCCCCCCCCCCCCCCCCCCCCCCCCCCCUCAGACGUGGGGUCUCCCCAGAAACAAGGCACUGUUCUGGGGCUUGUCUGUCUCGCGUCGGACCCUAGUAUUGGAUCACUGGAGCAUUUAGUGCUUAUCAGUCUGUCUGGAACUUACAUGAUCUGGCUAUGGCCUCCUUUCACAACAGACAUGGCCAGAUGAUUCUACAUCAGGCAUUUCCAAAGCAGCUCGUCUCAAUGGAAUACAACAGGAGAGAUAAUAGUGACCUAAUUGUUCAUACAAAGUGGAUUUAGUUUUUUGUCCUUGGCUUCAUUUCAUAGUAACAGUGGGUGGGCAGGGGGUAAAGUACUAGACAUUAACAGCCGUUUAGACAUUGAAAUUAAAGGACAGUGAAGACAGCCGCAAUAGAGGGAGAAUCUCCAACCCUGUCUGUCUGACUCUUCCAUUGUAUCAUCACUGAACUGUGUGUGUGUGUGUGUGUGGGGGGCAGGUUGGCGUUUGUCAUGAAUCUUGCUCUGGAGGCAGCUCUGCAGAGUGGUCGCUAGCUGGCACAGCCACAAAGCCAUACAAUCUGAUUUUAAACCUAACCCUAGCCACACUGCUAACCCUAAUGCCAAACCUUAAAUUAAUUCAUGAAUCUUUAUAAUAAAGCCAAUUUUGACUUUCCAGCUGGCCCAUCUAGUGUAAUCGCUCAGCUGCCUCCAGGGCAAGAUUCAUGGCAAUAAAACGUCAACCUGCGUGUGUGUGUGCUGGUGUCUGGGGGUCAUCACUGAGCUGUGUGUGUUACUAUUCUCAGGAACCUGGGGGAGAUGAUUGACCGUUUCGUGUCAGACUUCCGGGCGCAGGGCCCCCCCAAGGCGGGCACGGAGGACGGUGGAGCGGUGCUGCCCAGCUGUGCUGACCUAUUUGUCUACUAUAAGAAGUGCAUGGUGCAGUGCUCUCAGCUUAGCACAGGGGAACCUAUGAUCGCCCUCACCACCAUCUUCCAGAAGUACCUCAGAGAGUAUGCCUGGAAGAUACUGUCUGGAAACCUGCCCAAGUAAUUUACUACAGCCUAGCCUAAUGAUAUGAUGAUCAGAUUUAUUUGUGAUGAUGUAGGUCUAGUAAUUAUUUAGUAAGCGCUUUUUAUUCAUGCUGCUCACAAACUGUGUUCUGGAAGGCCACUGUGUGCUCUGGUUUUCAUUCAAACCAUUUUCUGGAUGGUUUCUGGCUUUGCUAGGAAAAUAUUCUGACACAGGUGGAACUAUUACAUUUACAUUUACUACUCAUCAAAGCCACCCACACACUCUCUGACCACCACUGCUUUGUUAUCUGGAAAGGGGUAAAUGGGAAAUAAAGAACUGAGUCUUCAGAAGAAAUUGGCAAACAUAUUGAGGGAUGACCAGACAGAGGGACAGCUGUAGCGUGGGUCUGACUGAUUGUCAGGGGCAUUACAUUUACAUUUUAGUCAUUUAGCAGACGCUCUUAUCCAGAGCGACUUACAGUUACAUGUGCAUACAUUAUUAUUAUUUUUAUUUUAUUUUUUACAUACCCCCCGUGGGAAUCGAACCCACAACCCUGGCGUUGCAAACGCCAUGCUCUACCAACUGAGCUACAUCCCUAUGACAACCAGUAUAAACUGUGGCCUACUAGGAGCUGGACUGGGACAAAUGCUUCUGUCAAAGCAAGAUAAAAAUUAUUAUGGAUGAUAUAUGCUGUCAUCUGCUUCAAUUCCCUUUUGAUGAAGGAAUUUGCCAAAGUUAGAGUUCGUUCAUUCAGAAGAGUGAUCCGUCAUUCUCAGGGGUUUGUUUGAUAGUUCAGUAGUGUUUAGUUGUCGCUGUGUUUGAUUGUCUGGGUUUGCAUGUCAUGUGGUGCUGGAGGUGUGUUUACAUCGAGGUGUGUUUACAUCGAGGUGAGGCCUAAUACUUCAUGAGCAAAAACAUAUUUCGCUCACUGGCCACAUUAUAAGACCUCUUGUGUGGUGUGUGUGUAUUGUUUUGUGGAGUUUUAAAGGUGACCCUUCUGGGGGUUGGAGCUGUGUUGUGGUUUACCCAGAAUUCUCGGCUGUGGCGUUUAUUAAUGAGAGGGAGGUGGUUUAGCCACGUUGCCAUGGUAACCCUGCCCCUCUGGCUAUGUCUCAAUUAUCCAAACCUUGCUUUGAAUUAUAACCUAUAACUAGAGACAGGAGUUUCUCCUUGUCAGUUCACACUAGGUCCCAGAGUUUUCCCUUCAUGUGAGCAGACUUCUGUCCCUAAUUCACGAGAAAAGGAAGCUAGUUAAAACUAUUGAGACUCUUUCUCUCAAUCUCUCUCUCUCGCUCUCUGUCUUUCAGGACUAGCAGUAAUAGUGGAGGACUGACCAUCAAGAGUCUGCUGCAGGAGAAGGAGGGUUCAGAGGCUGCGAAGUUCACUGUAGAGGAGCUGUGUCUCAUCUGUAGCAUCCUCAGUACUGCAGAGUACUGUCUGGCCACCACACAGCAGGUUAGAACACACACACACACACACACACACACACACACACACACACACUUAACGUUAAACCUAUUCUGUGUCUGUGUGUGUGUCAGUUGGAGGAGAAGCUGAAGGAGAAGGUGGAUAAGACCCUGGUGGAGAGAAUCAACCUGACUGGAGAGAUGGACACCUUCAGCAAGUACGCGCCAAAUCCUAACCUUCACUAUUAGGGGCAACUUCUGCCAACUCAAAAUGAACAAUAGUUUAUGAGAUAAAGUGGAAUAAUUGGAUGUGAAGUCCAUGAAUGUAAACUCUCUGUGUCUAUCAGUGUGAUCUCCAACAGUAUCCAGUUGCUUGUUCAGGACCUGGACACUGCCUGUGACCCUGCUCUCACUGCCAUGAGCAAGGUGCGACACCCACUACAUUCCUCUCCUCCUUACACUGUCAUAUUCUAUUUUCACUUUCAACCAUUCUCUCACUGUCUCUCUUGGUCUCUCUCCCUCUAGAUGCCAUGGCAGAGUGUAGAGCAUGUAGGUGACCAGAGUCCAUACGUGACGUCAGUCAUCAUGCACAUCAAACAGAAUGUCCCCAUCAUCAGAGAUAACCUGGCCUCCACACGAAAAUACUUCACCCAGUUCUGCAUCAAGUUCACCAAGUGAGUUACUUCCCUCCUCACUGUUCGUCAAUGUGUGUGAGGAAGACUUGGUACUCCCAUUGACAAGACAAUUGAUUUCGAGAUUUUAAAAGAAAUUGUCAGUUUUCAGAAAUGCUAAAUUCUCUUGUUUUCAAUGAAUUGAUAUUCUAUCUUGUCUUUUUUUCCCCCUCAGCUCUUUCAUUCCUAAAUUCAUCAACCACUUGUUCAGGUGUAAGCCUAUCAGCAUGGUGGGGGCUGAACAGGUAAACAUACUUACCCUUUUAUUUCAUUAGCCUUUACCUUAGUAGAAUUACGCUUACGGUCUCAAAAACAAUACAAAUGUUUUGACAAUCGUUUGUUUGCUGCCUGUAGCUGAUAAUUUAGCUAGUUUUUUUUGCUUUGUUCUUCAGCUCCUCCUGGACACCCACUCCCUGAAGACGGUGUUGUUGGAUCUGCCCUCUAUAGGGUCUCAGGUGGUCCGCAAGGCCCCAGCCAGCUACACCAAGAUAGUCGUGAAGGGGAUGACCCGCGCUGAGAUGAUCCUCAAGGUGAGCCCUGUGAUUCUAAAGCGUAAUUCAGAGUCCACAGACGCCGGCGUCCCAUUGUGACAUAGAUACACGGCUCUAAGACCACCAGCCCGAAUACGCGCCUCCCCAAAAUUCCCAACCAACGCAGCUCCGCAGCUCCUCUAUUCAUUUGAAUGUGUUGACAGCUGGAGAAGUUGCAUAAGCCGCACUGAGAAUUGGAAAAGUAUGAAAGCCAACGGUCUAAUAUUCUAGAACACUGCUGCGUGUACGUGUACAUGACUUUGAUAGGUGCUUAACACAACCAUGCAACAAUGUUACACUACAACCAUGCUACAAUGUUUCUCUUCAACCAUGCUACAACGUUUCUGUACAACCACGCAGCAAAGUUUCACGACAGCCCCACACACACAGCGUGUCGACCAGCUGGAGCCAAGAGAGGUGUGAAUGGUUAGGGAAUGCAGGCAUCCACGCAUAUACUCAUGCCAGCAAACACACAAACACACACACACACACUUUCGGGAAUGCUCACAUGCAUCAGACACAUCUAUCCAUGGCUUGUCUCUUUUACAGAGUAAACACAGUCUGUGAUUGGUUGCCCUUGCCCCAGGGUUAGCCAAUAAAAUGCAGAAAGACAAUGGCACGCACCUGUCUUCUCAGACAAACCCCACCCUGCCCUAGAGCCUAUCCCCUCACCUUGCCCUAGUCCAGUUACCCAGCCCCCAAGGCUUGUGACCCGAUCCCAAAGGACAUUUCCCUCACCCUCUUGUCUCCCUCCCUCUCUGCACGCACACACACACACACACACACACACACACACACACACACACACACACACACACACACACACACACACACACACACUUAACUGCCUGCCUUAAAGGAAUGCAGCCUUGAUGUCUGUCUAAAAAGCUUAAUGCACUGUUUUAAUGGUCAGCCUGGGACCUGCUCUAAUGGUCAGCCUGAUCUGUCUUAAUGGUCAGCCUGGGACCUGCUCUAAUGGUCAGCCUGAUCUGUCUUAAUGGUCAGCCUGGGACCUGCUCUAAUGGUCAGCCUGAUCUGUCUUAAUGGUCAACCUGGGACCUGCUCAAAUAGUCAGGCUGAUCUGUGUUAAUGGUCAACCUGGGGUCUGCGCUAAUGGUCAGGGCUGAUCUGUCUUAAUGGUCAACCUGGGCGAGACCUGCUCUAAUGGUCAAGCUGAUCUGUUUUAUUGGUCAGCCUGGGACCUGCUCUAAUCAUGCUACAUCAGCCAUCAGAGCCAUUAGGACCUAAUCUAGUCUGAGCACAACCAUUAGGACUACUGAAGAUACAAGCAUAGCCUCGUCUCCCUUUCUGUGUUUCUUGUCAAGGUUAUAUAUCAAAUGCUUUUGUACAAAUCAACUUCUAGUUACCAGAUAUUCAGUAUAUGUGGCCCUUCUUUCCUGCUCCUAUGAUAAACAUGCCAAUCCACAAAGCAAUAAUUUGCCCACACAUUUCUUCUAUCAACCGUUACAGACAAUGCUUUAAAAUGUCUACCUGCCCGCCCAUAGCGCUUUGAAACAACUUCAGACAGUCAAAACUGUUAAGUGGCUUCUCCUCAGUGUCGUCACCUCUGGAGUGUCGACACCCGGGACGUGUAUGGAUGAUUCCACAUGUGAAACACACAAGGCUGUUAGUCCAUAGAGGAAUACCUUGAAUGUGUUUACAUACAGUAAUGGGCGGCAGACAAAGGGGAAUGUGUUUCUGUGUGGAAGGCCUUGAACAGACAUACAAGGUGUGUGGAGUUGUUCUCUUCAACCUGGUGAGCAUUUCAUCCCUGGACGUUGCGUGGUACCUAGGUGCCUCUCAGGGAAUUGUUUCCAUGUUGGGCCAGGCAGGGCCUACAGAUGCUGAAAGUCCAGAGAAAUUCAUAGGCUGUGUCCCAAACGUUACCCUAUUUCCUAUGUAGUGCACUACUUUUGAACAGAGCCCUUAUCAAUCCAAACACAUAGGUCAGUGUGGGGCCUCAGACCUGUACGGAUGGACUGUUCCUGGUUGAAUGUUUGUAAGAUAUCCAUGGAUGAUCAAAGUAGGGCUGACCCCAUUUAGUCGACUGGUCAAUUGUUUGGUUGAUAGGCUGUUGGUCGACCGAGAUUUCAUUAAUCGAGCAGUGGUAAUAAAAUAAAUCUAUACAUACAGUACCAGUCAAAAGUUUGGACACACCUACUCAUUCAAGGGUUUUUCUUGAUUUUUUAAACUAUUUUCUACAUUGUAGAAUAAUAGUGAAGCCAUCAAAACUAUUAAAUAACACAUGGAAUCAUGUAGUAACCAAAAAAGUGUUAAACAAAUCAAAAUAUAUUUUAUAUGAGAUUCUUCAAAUAGCCACCCUUUGCCUUGAUGACAGCUUUGCACACUCUUGGCAUUCUCUCAACCAGCUUCACCUGGAAUGCUUUUCCAACAGUCUUGAAGGAGUUCCCACAUAUGCUAAGCACUUGUUGGCUGCUUUUCCUUCACUCUGCGGUCCAACUUAUCCCAAACCAUCUCAAUUGGGUUGAGGUUGGGUGAUUGUGGAGGCCAGGUCAUUUGAUGCAGCACUCAAUCACUCUCCUUCUUGGUCAAAUAGCCCUUACAUAGCCUGGAGGUGUGUUUUGGUCAUUGUCCUGUUGAAAAACAAAUGAUAGUCCCACUAAGUGAACCAGAUGGGAUGGCGUAUCGCUGCAGAAUGCUGUGGUAGCCAUGCUGGUUAAGUGUGCCUUGAAUUCUAAAUAAAUCAGACAGUGUCACUAGCAAAGCACCCCACACCAUAACACCUCCUCCUCCAUGCUUCAGAGUAGAGAUCAUCCGUUCAUCUACUCUGUGUCUCACAAAGACACAGCGGUUUGUGACUCAUCAGACCCAAGGACAGAUUUCCACCAGUCUACUGUCCACUGCUCGUGUCUCUUGGCCCAAGCAAGUCUUUUCUCCUUAUUGGUGUCCUUUAGUAGUGGUUUCUUUGCAGCAAUUCGACCUUGAAGGCCUGAUUCACACAGUCUCCUCUGAACAGUUGAUGUUGAGAUGUGUCUGUUACUUGAACUCUGUGAAGCAUUUAUUUGGGCUGCAAUUUCUGAAGCUGGUAACUCCUAAUGCACUUAUCCUCUGCAGCAGAGGUAACUCUGGGUCUUCCAUUCCUGUGGCGGUCCUCAUGAGAGCCAGUUUCAUCAUAGCGCUUGAUGGUUUUUGCGACUGCACUUGAAGAAACUUUCAAAGUUCUUGAAAUGUUCCGUAUUGACUGACCUUCAUGUCUUAAAGUAAUGAUGGACUGUCGUUUCUCUUUGCUUAUUUGAGCUGUUCUUGCCAUAAUAUGGACUUGGUCUUUUACCAAAUAGGGCUAUCUUCUGUAUACCACCCGUACCUUGUCACAACACAACUGAUGGGCUCAAACGCAUUAAAUUAACUUUUAACAAGGCACAUUAUUCCAGGUGACUACUUCAUGAAGCUGGUUGAGAGAAUGCCAAGAGUGUGCAAAGCUGUCAUCAAGGCAAAGGGUGGCUACUUUGAAGAAUCUAAAAUAUAUUUGGAUUUGUUUAACACUUUUUUGGUUACUACAUGAUUCCAUAUGUGUUAUUUCAUAGUUUUGAUGUCUUCUCUAUUAUUCUACAAUGUAGAAAAUAGUAAAAAUAAAGAAAAACCCUGGAAUGAGUAGGUGUGUCUAAACUUUUGACUGGUACUGUAUAUCAUGGUGUACAAAGACACCUGUCUGAGUGGACUGAUCCAUUGUGGAGGCCAUGGGGAUGGCACAGUCCAUCAGUCUAAGACAUGUGCUACUGAAAUUGUAUAUGGUUAUAUUACAUAAGAACAAUGGUGCAACACUAAUAAAAAUAAUAUUUUUUUAUAACAUGCGCUUUCUCCCGCAUUGGAUAGUGGUCGCUGUCCGCGGUUCUGAAACACAUCAGUGCGCUGUUGAACUGGCACCUUUUCCUAGACCAUGUUGCUAUGUGCAUAAUAGCAAAGUUAACCAGCAUAUUGGUGUUGAGAACAAUGCGGCGGAGGCAGCCCUUGCCUUAUUGUCUAAGAAAAGUGAGGAGAGAGGAAACCCCAACUUAAUUAAGUCUAUAAUCAAUAGCCUAACUGUUAAAUGUGCCUGGCUUUAUAAAUCAUCAAUAUAUCCACAGAAAUAAGACAUCCUGCUUCUGUUGCCUGUUUGAGUGUUUGUUUAAUAGCCUACUGAUUCCGUGAGCACCAAGCCUCACGCAACGACAUGUCAAGUAAACAAUUUCACAAAUUCAGCUAUUUUUUUAUAUUUGCUUUGCUGUAAUAAAGGCUUUACACUUUUUUUCCCCGUUAGAACAACCUUCUGGUAUUAUUUAUAAUUUAUUUAGUGUUGUUUACUCUGUUCCAAAUUGUCCGAAAAAUGAUAUUUAUAAUAACGCUCCUUUUUCUUAAUCUUCUUUUAUUGUUAAUAUUGCUAUUAUUAUUAUGAUCAUAAGUAAUGUCAUUAUCAUUAGUAGGAUUAGUAUAGCAGCCUUGUAUAACCACCAUUGAGCUGUAGGCCUAAGAGCGCAUCCUGUUUACUCAUAAUACCGUAACUUACUUAGGCCUCUAUUUCAAUACUUACAGUUGAAGUUGGAAGUUUACAUACACCUUAGCCAAAUACAUUUAAACUCAGUUUUUCACAAUUCCUGACAUUUAAUCCUAGUAAAAAUGCCCUGUCUUAGGUCAGUUAGGAUCACCACUUUAUUUUAAGAAUGUGAAAUGUCAGAAUAAUAGUAGAGAGUGAUUUAUUUCAGCUUUUAUUUCUUUCAUCAAAUUCCCAGUGGGUCAGAAGUUUACAUACACUCAAUUAGUAUUUGGUAGCAUUGGCUUUUAAAUUGUUGAACUUGGGUCAAACGUUUCGGGUAGCCUUCCACAAGCUUCCCACAAUAAGUUGGGUGAAUUUUGGCCCAUUCCUCCUGACAGAGCUGGUUCAACUGAGUCAGGUUUGUAGGCCUCCUUGCUCGCACAAGCUUUUUCAGUUCUGCCCACACAUUUUCUAUAGGAUUGAGGUCAGGGCUUUGUGAUGGCCACUCCAAUACCUUGACUUUGUUGUCCUUAAGCCAUUUUGCCCCAACUUUGGAAGUAUGGUUGGGGUCAUUGUCCAUUUGGAAGACCCAUUUGCAACCAAGCUUUAACUUUCUGACUGAUGUCUUGAGAUGUUGCUUCAAUAUAUCCACAUAAUUUUCCUUCCUCAUGAUGCCAUCUAUUUUGUGAAGUGCACCAGUCCCUCCUGCAGCAAAGCACCCCCACAGCAUGAUGCUGCCACCCCCGUGCUUCACGGUUGGGAUGAUGUUCUUCGGCUUGCAAGCAACCCCCUUUUUCCUCCAAACAUAACGAUGGUCAUUAUGGCCGUUCUAUUUUUGUUUCAUCAGACCAGAGGACAUUUCUCCAAAAAGUACGAUCUUGUCCCCAUGUGCAAUUGCAAACCGUAGUCUGGCUUUUUUAUGGCGCUUUUGGAGCAGUGGCUUCUUCCUUGCUGAGCGGCCUUUCAGGUUAUGUCGAUAUAGGACUCGUUUUUACUAUGGAUAUAGAUCAUUUUGUACCUGUUUCCUUCAGCAUCUUCACAAGGUCCUUUGCUGUUGUUCUGGGAUUGAUUUGCACUUUUCGCACCAAAGUACGUUCAUCUCUAGGAGACAGAACGCGUCUCCUUCCUGAGCGGGAUGCCGGCUGCGUGGUCCCAUGGUGUUUAUUCUUGCGUACUAUUGUUUGUACAGAUGAACGUGGUACCUUCAGGCGUUUGGAAAUUGCUCCCAAGGAUGAACCAGACUUGUGGAGGUCUUGGCUGAUUUCUUUUGAUUUUCCCAUGAUGUCAAGCAAAGAGGCACUGAGUUUGAAGGUAGGCGUUGAAAUACAUCCACAGGUACACCUCCAAUUGACUCAAAUGAUGUAAAUUAGCCUAUCAGAAGCUUCUAAAGCCAUGACAUCAUUUUCUGGAAUUUUCCAAGCUGUUUAAAGGCACAGUCAACUUAGUGUAUGUAAACUUCAGACCCACUGGAAUUGUGAUACAGUGAAUUAUAAGUGAAAUAAUCUGUCUGUAAACAAUUGUUGGAAAAAUUACUUGUGUCAUGCACAAAGUAGAUGUCCUAACUGACUUGCCAAAACUAUAGUUUGUUAACAAGAAAUUUGUGGAGUGGUUGAAAAACAAGUUUUAAUGACUCCAACCUAACUGUAUGUAAACUUCCGACUUCAACUGUGUAUAGGCUUACUGUAUCAAUCAUUAAUUAGUUCAUGUCAUCACACAGCAUAUGAGUCAUUCAUGAUUUGAAAUGCAAUCAAGCAUUUUAGUUUAAAAAUAAAAUAAAGCAGCCUUGAAUAAUUAUCUUAAACAAUAAAUAAACCGUUCCAUUUUGGAAAUUGCAUUCACGAAUGAAUGUGACUGUUUUUAGUCUUUGCUGUAAUAAAAGCUUACAACAGACUUUCUGGUACAGUUAUAAUUUAUUUAGUGUUGUUUACAUUGUUCCAAACCGUCAGACAAAUUAUAUUGUAGUCUAUACAGCACCUGUUUGACACAUAAUGUGAAUGCAGCGCUUUUUGCUUACCUUCUUUUUGUUGAUCUCCAGUAUUUUCCACAACAAGUCAAAAUGUAUUCUACACAUCUGACUUUACCUUUUACCUCCUGAGCAACCAGUAAACAUUCCCCUGUUUCGAGUUUGUCACAUCCUCUGCAUCCAUUUUGCUGUUACGUGUUCAGAGUUUGUUAUAACCAAUUUAUUGAUGUGAUAUGCUAUUGUUCAGGCCCUAUUGUGCCGUAUUCGGACUGGAUUAGUUUUACUGGGGGAGGUCGGUUAAUGUAAUUAUGUUCACAAGCACAAAACACCACAUCUGUAAUUUUAGUCCCGUUCGAAUCUGCCAUGUCAGUAAUUUUUACAUGGCAGGAGAGUAACAAUUCCAGGCAGAAUAACCUACUGUUUUUUUGGCGAACUCCAAGGUCCACUGAUAAUACUAGUCCAGUGCGAAUCGACAUCCCUGUUUAUUGAGAGAAAUGUGUUGAGUUUGACGGGUUGCUUGCAGUUUGUGAAAACAAUAACUGAUUCGAUAAAUUGAAGUAAGUGCUGCGCAUAAGCUAUGUAUGAAUGGCCUACAUCUAUCAACUUUCACAGUGAAUUAUUUUGUUUAAAUAUUUUGUGUGUAUUAAUUGAAUAUUGCCAAAUGCAUCAGUAAAACAUAUUGAGCCUAUUUAAUGCAACCCUUGCUGUUAAUAGAUCGCAAAGCAGCAUUCAACUGACCGAAAUGUUUGGAAAUGAUAAGUUCACUUUGGCAUCCAUAGCCGUAAAACGCAUCUCAAGUGCAAUUGCACUGUUUAGCUUACAUCUGAAGGUUGGGGGGCAUUUGGAACGUACUGCCGAUCGCUAAAAUAUCGUAACGAUGAUGAUCACACUUCCUCAAUUCAAAUAUUAUGGCGACACUAUACUAAAGAUGGCUUGGUAUGGUUUAGAAAUGUGGGUUAUCAGUGUGGCCCUGUCACCUGGACAUGUUGAAAUAAUGUAUCUUCACGCGUAGAAUAAAAACCUCAAGGCUUCCGUCAUAACUGUCAAUUUAUAUUUAAAAAAAAAAGAAUUGCAGGGGGCAGUUUGGGGGAAAAAAUAAUUCUGGCUGAAUCGUCCUCUGGAAUAGCAGACAUUCUGGAGUAAUAAUUACAUAACCAACGUUCUCUAGUAGUACUAGUCCCGUGCGAAAAGGUCUUUGGUCACAUGCAUGCGAUGCAUACAUGUGUUACGUAAAGAGAGCAAGGGUUGAGGGAAUAGGGAAUGUUUUUCCUAAACAAAUUAGGGAUUUCGGUAACACUAUUUUUCAGUCAGAAAUGGCUGUAAUUAUGUUGCAGCUUCAGCAAGACGGGCAGCGCGAUAAACACUUUGAUGUUAUGUAGUGGUCACUGCAGCAGGGAGGAGAGAGAGACAACGGGUGCUAGUCACACAGUCACUCGCUGUCUUUAAAAACAUUUUUUACACAGUCUGAGCCUGGCCCGGCACAAUCAAAUCAGUUGCUAGUUGGACUCCCUCUAGUCAUUUGUGUGUCUUUUAAUUAUUUAAUCAAAGAGUGUGCUUAAAGCAUCAGACAAGCUCAGUGAAUAUAGUUGAUUUGAUUAAAACACAUAGGAUGUGUCAAUAUAUGGAAAAAUACACGUUUAACAAUGUCUACCAAUCGGUCAAAAGAACAGAUGACUCUUGGUCAACCAAGAUUUUUUUUGUCGGGGACAGCCCUAGAUCAAAGUAAAGGUUAUGGUGAUAAUGACUAUGUAAUAAUGUAGGUUAGGCUGUCUGAGUAUAAAUAGUCUCCAAGUGUAGACCUGUUCUGGUGAGUCUGUCUGUAGCUGGUUUCUGUCUCAGGCAGCCCUCCUUGGCCUGUGAGACGUGGCUGUUUUCCACGCUCUCCAGCCCUCUAUCCACCCACCCCACCCCACCCCGGCCCUCUCCCCCACCACCAGAGCGCUCUUCUGGGGAGGGAGUGGAAAACACCCCUCCACCCCACCUCCUUUUAGCCUGGAUUCUCUCUCUCUCUCUCUCGUUUUUUACGAGCUAACUACAACACAGUUCCUCCAUGCUUUCCCUGGGCCUCCCUCCAGGACAGUUGCUAAAUAAAUCACUCAGACCAGAGGGGAAGGAACCUCAAGAAUUCCAGACAAUCCACAGCGUUGCAUGUCCCGUCUCUCCUCUCUGUUUCUCCCUCUCUGGUUUCACUCUCUUAUAUGUAUUCUGGCCCACACCCCUUAGGCACAGAGAGAGGACAGGAGGGGUUGGAUGUUGGUGUGUGGGUGAGGGAGGGAGAAAUGUUUUGGGUGGAGGAAAGGAGCGUUGGAGGGGGUGCAAUUCCCGAUUUCUAUUUAUUAUAAUUUUUUUCUGUGGAACCUGUCAACCAUGUUUGUCUGCCCGCUCUGUAGAAGGCAACUACGAUCAGUCUCAAUGCUAUCUGAUCCAGCUUUUCCUCUCUCCCUCAUUUCUCUCCCUCUUUCUUGAAAGCAAAAAAUAUAUCCAUCCUAUUUCACCUUUUUUUUCUUGCUCGUUCUUGACUACUCCCCAUUGCGAUUUGCACAAACUCUCAAUCUCUCAUUAUAGCCCCAAAUAAUGACCGGUGAGGCUAAUUCCCAUCCACCCAUGCGUGGAGUAAUUGGUGUGUAAAAAGAAGAGGGGUCGGGUCUCCUAAAUAUAGCCUUUCAGUAAUAUAGCCCAACAGUGCAGUCAGUAGGUGUGUCUGAAAUGCCACCCUAUUCCCUAUAAAGUGCACUACAUUUGACCAAAGCCCAUAGGGCUCUUGUCAAAUGUAGUGCACUAUAUAGGGAAUAGAAUGCCAUUUUGGAUGCAGUCAGUGUAAAGUUGGGGCUUUGUUUGCACCUUUAACCACUUACCCAUGUCUGGUCUGAUAGUCGACUGACUCAGGGGCCUGUUUGUUCUUACGGGCUGCGCACACACACACACACACACACACACACACACACACACACACACACACACACACACACUUACCAUGCACAUGCACACACACAGAGUUUAUGAAUCAGUUUAUGAGUCUGCUCGGACUUGGUCGUCCCAUCAUGGCUCUUGGGAACAGGGGGGAUAUAAAAACCCCACGCUGCACUUCAGUAUUGAGAUGUGAAUGUAUAAGCAACACUGAUGUCUCUAUCCCCCCUCUACAGGUGGUAAUGGCCCCCCAUGAACCCUCCGUGGUGUUUGUGGAUAACUACAUCAAGCUCCUCGCUGACGGGAACCCAGAGACCUUCCAGAAAACUCUGGAUAUGAAGGUAAGGGCCACUUCGAUUGGGUCCACUUGUUUUGUCUCUCUCAAUGAUGUCACCUGUUUUCAACGGUUAUCUCCUACUUCCUCUGUUGUUGUCUUGUUCUCUCUUGUUGUUUCCUCUUGCAAUAACUGAUGUUCUCUUGGUGUGUGUGUGUGUGUGUGUGUGUGUGUAGGGGUUGAAGCGCAGUGAGCAGAGCAGCAUGUUGGAGCUCUUCAGACAGAGGUUACCCACUCCACCCUCAGGGGCCGACGGAGGCCCCUCCCUCUCCUUCAGCACCCCCACCCCCGAGCAGGAGAACUCGCGCAUACGCAGACUGGAGAAGCUCAUCAAGAAGAGACUCUGAGCGUACACACACACACACACACACUUGUACUCACACACAUCACCAUAACACACACAAAUUAUUCCAGUAAUUUAUCUCAAAUACUUUUUCCUGCUCUGUUUAAUCAUUACAGAGAAUUGCAGGCAGAGUAAAGACAUGAUUGUCUCAUUUUUGGUAGGAGCAUUAAUAUGAACCUCAUGAUUUCAAAGUCAACUGUCUGAUUAUGAAGAAAUGUCCUCAGCUGCAGUAAGCUGUUGGCAUGUACGACUCAUUUACUGCUGUAUUUCAUUUCUGCUUCUCUUUUUAUGACACUAAAUACCCAAGCUUUGUAAAUGUCGUUAAAUGUAGACUACUAUAUCAUACACACUCAAUGCAUUUUAGCAAAAUGUGUUUGCACUUAAAAAGACAAAAUCAAGAGCUACUAAUUAAAAACGGCUUUAGGAGCAAUUUGCUGCCGCUUUGGCACCUAUCCUCCCAGACUGAGAACAAGAAACUUUAAUGUAAUUGAAGCUAACGUUUUCAGAAUGUUCUCCUGUUUUCAGAAUGUUCUCCUAGUGUUUUCAGAAUGUUAUUGUUCUCCAGUCCGGUGUCUUUUAGUGUAUUUCUCUUGGUUCCCUGUUCAAGGAGAGGAUGCAGUUAGUCAGGAGUUUGGGUAUAUUUCCAGUGUCCCUUCACAACGGGAACACCCUCGGGUGGAUGGACCGCAUCCCACCAUGCAUUGCUGUUUCCAGGUUCAGUGGUUAAGCCCCCAGGUUUGGGACAGAGAGGAUCUUGGGAUUUCCUGUCUCCUCAAUUAGACAUGAGACAGUCUCUGUGCUUUUUGAAAUUCCCCCAAGGUUGGCCUGGAAAUGAGAACCAGUCCAAGCCUUUUAACUCUGACCCUCCACCAGGAAGUGUGUGUGUGUGUGUUCGCGAGAGAUGUUAAGCGUGUUCAUUUAUUUAACCUCUAUUGCCCUAUUUAAUUACCUGCUGUAGAGCCCUCUGAGCAUUUUAUGUCAGUCUGAAUAGAUUGUAGAUUUGAUGACAGUGAGGGAGAGUCACAGUACUUUAUAACAAAGGAACUCAUGUGUUCACUGUUGUAUAAGGAUAUAUUGUACAAAAUUAUAUUGUCUAAACCUUUUUUCUUUCCUGUUCUGUUAUUCCAGGCCCUUGUGUUUGACACUGACAGUCCUAGAUUACCUGUCAAUCAUAAUGACAACUUGCCAGAAGAUACUGACCCUACCGUUAUGCUUGUUUACACUGAGCUGCACUGGGGUUGGAAUGCAAUGAUGGUUACAUUAAGACACCAUGGAGCUGGCGCAAGAUAUGGGUCGGAAAACGUACCUCAAUGCAGGGAUGGGAUAUGCCACUGUACUCCAAAUUUUACCUUUAGCCACACUGCUCCAUUGAAAAGAUUGAAGUGCUGCUAGUUUUCCCAGAAAUGUUUUGUCCUCAUACUAGAUAACAGUAGCCACUGCAGUCAUUUUGGAAUGGCACGUCACGUUGAACAACAAAGGAGCUAAUUGGCUGACACUGCCAUUCCAAAAUGGCUGCGGUGUACAGUGGUUUGGACCAUGAUAGUUCGUUGGUGAUGUGGACACCAAGGAACUUGAAGCUCUCAACCUGUUCCACUACAGCCCCGUCGAUGAGAAUGGGGGUGUGCUCGGUCCUCUUUUUUUCCCUGUAGUCCACAAUAUAAUCUCCUUUGUCUUGAUCACGUUGAGGGAGAGGUUGUUAUCCUGGCACCACACGGCCAGGUCUCUGACCUCCUCCCUAUAGGCGGUCUCAUCGUUGUCUGUGAUCAGGCCUACCACUGUUGUGUUGUCAGCAAACUUAAUGAUGGUGUUGGAGUCGUGCCUGGCCAUGCAGUCAUGGGUGAACAGGGAGUACAGGAGGGGACUGAGCACGCACCCCUGAGGGGCCCCCGUGUUGAGGAUCAGUGUGGCAGAUGUGUUGUUACCUACCCUUACCACCUAGGGGCGGCCCGUCAGGAAGUCCAGGAUCCAGUUGCAGAGGGAGGUGUUUAGUCCAAGGAUCCUUAGCUUAUUGAUGAGCUUUGAGGGCACUAUGGUGUUGAACGCUGAGCUGUAGUCAAUGAAUAGCAUUCUCACGUAGGUGUUCCUCUUGUCCAGGUGGGAAAGGGCAGUGGGGAGUGCAAUAGAGAUUGCAUCAUCUGUGGAUCUGUUGGGGUGGUAUGCAAAUUAGAGUGGGUCUAGGGUUUCUGGGAUAAUGGUGUUGAUGUGAGCCAUGACCAGCCUUUCAAAGCACUUAAUGGCUACAGACGUGAGUGCUACGGGUCGGUAGUCAUUUAGGCAGGUUAUCUUAGUGUCCUUGGGCACAGGCACUAUGGUGGUCUGCUUGAAACAUGUUGGUAUUACAGACUCAGUCAGGGACAUGUUGAAAAUGUCAGUGAAGACACUUGCCAGUUGGUCAGCACAUGCUCGGAGUACACGUCCUGGUAAUCUGUCUGGCCCUGCGGCCUUGUGAAUGUUGACCUGCUUAAAAGUCUUACUCACAUCGGCUACCGAGAGCGUGAUCACAUAGUCAUCCGGAACAUCUGGUGCUCUCAUGCAUGCUUCAGUGUUGCUUGCCUCGACGCAAGCAUAGAAGUGAUUUAGCUCGUCUGGUAGGCUUGUGUCACUGGGCAGCUCGUGGCUGUGCUUCCCUUUGUAGUCUGUAAUAGUUUUCAAGCCCUGCCACAUCCUACGAGCAUCAGAGCCGGUGUAGUACGAUUCAAUCUUAGUCCGGUAUUGACUCUGCCUGUUUGAUGGUUCGUCGGAGGGCAUAGCGGAAUUUCUUAUAAGCAUCCUGGUUGGAGUCCCGCUCCUUGAAAGCGGCAGCUCUACCCUUUAGCUCAGUGCGGAUGUUGCCUAUAAUCCAUGGCUUCUGGUUGGGGUAUGUACGUACGGUCACUGUGGGGACGACGUCAUCGAUGCACUUAUUGAUGAAGCAGGGACUGAUGUGGUGUACUCCUCAAUUCUAUCUGAAGAAUCCCGGAACAUAUUCCAGUCUGUGCUAGCAAAACAGUCCUGUAACUUAGCAUCUGCGUCAUCUGACCACUUUUUUAUUAACCGAGUCACUGGUGCUUCCUGCAUUAGUUUUUGCUUAUAAGCAGGAAUCAGGAGGAUAGAGUUAUGGUCAGAUUUGCCAAAUGGAGGGCGAGGGAGAGCUUUGUAUGCGUCUCUGUAUGUGGAGUAAAGGUGGUCUAGAGAUUUUUUUCCCUCUGGUUGCACAUUUAACGUGCUGGUAGAAAUUAGGUAGAUCGGAUUUAUGUUUCCCUGCAUUAAAGUCCCCGGCCACUAGGAGUGGAUGAGCGUUUUCCUGUUUACUUAUGGCCUUAUACAGCUCAUUGAGUGCAAUCUUAAUGCCAGCAUCGGUUUGUGGUGGUAGAUAGACAGCUACGAAAAAUAUAGAUGAAAAGUCUCUUGGUAAAUAGUGUGGUCUACAGCUUAUCAUGAGAUACUCUACCUCAGGCGAGCAAAACCUCGAGACUUCCUUAGUAUUGGAUUUUGUGCACCAGCUGUUGUUUACAAAUAUACACAGACCGCCACCCCUUGUCUUACCGGAGUCAGCCGUUCUAUCCUGCCGAUGUAGCGUAUAUCCUGUUAGCUGUAUGUUGUCCAUGUCGUUGUUCAGCCACGACUCGGUGAAACAUAAGAUAUUACAGUUUUUAAUGUCCCGUUGGUAGGAUAAUCGUAAUCGUAGGUCGUCCAAUUUGUUUUCAAGUGAUUGAACAUUGACUAAUAGGAUUGAUGGAAGAGGCAGUUUACUCGCUCGCCGUCGGAUCCUUACAAGGCACCCCGACCUAUGUCCACGAUAUCUCUGUCUCUUUCUCAUGCGAAUGACUGGGAUUUGGGCCUUUUCGGGUGUCUGUAGGAUAUCCUUCGCGUCCGACUUGUUGAAGAAAAAAUCUUCGUCCAAUACGAGGUGAGUAAUCGCUGUCCUGAUAUCCAUAAGCUAUUUUUGGUCAUAAGAGACGGUGGCAGAAACAUUAUGUACAGAAUACAUUACACAUAAUAGUACAAUUGGUUAGAGCGCUGUAAAACGGCAGCCAUCUUCUCCGGCGCCAUUCUCUAAUCUUCUCUCUAUCCUAGUCCAGGGGAGUAAUCAUUAGUCCAAACAAAAACAAGAGUUUAUUUUGGACAAAUUCAGGUAGAUCCCUCCCCGUUUUGUUAAGUUUACUCCCGUUUAAGAAAUGUUUUGCAACAGAAUCAGCCUAAUGAAUAGGCACAGUUGAGGUUCAACUUUUACCAGGGUAUUGUUUUCCAGGGGGAGGGCAGAAGGAGAGUUCCCAUGUUUUGUUGCCUUUCAUGUUUCCUCUCCAAUCAGCCGUGAGGGGGAGUUUCCUUUCCUCUAUUUCACUGCAAAACAAUGAAACCCUUUGAAGGGAGAGAAAUUUGAUCAAUCCUCAGUGCCUUCUGUGUUCUUUUAGGGUCGGUAUCUUCUGGCAAGUUUUCAUUAUGAUUGACAGGUAA